AUGGAGAGCGCUCUGUUUGGGGCCAUCCUUCACCGAAAAGAGCAAUCUCGGAGAAGAGAGUUUUAUGAGCUUGACAGAUGUGAAAGAUGGAUUAAAACUCAUCAGCUGAAAAGGGUUGCACUUCAAUUUCCUGAUGAGUUGCUGGUAGAUUCAGCAAAAGUAGCUGAAUAUCUGAAAGAUGCUACAUUGGCAGAUGUUUUUAUUCUUGGUGACACUUCGUAUGGAAGCUGCUGUGUUGAUGAAGUAGCAGCCCAGCACUACAGCUCAGACUCUAUCAUACACUACGGCCGCUCGUGCCUCAGCCCCACAGACAGACUGCCAGUUUUGUUUGUGUUUGGGAAAGGAAGCAUUAAUGUACAAGACUGUAUACAGAAGAUUGCCUCCCUGUUUGCAGAUACAAAGCCAAAGCUGAUUUUAAUGUAUGAUGUCAUCUUUUACCAUGCUGCAGAAAAUAUUUUGGCAGGGCUUCAUGAAAAGUUUGCAGAUGUCAUUUGCUCAAAGCUUCAAAUUCCAGCCGACUAUGGGAAGAACUCGACCAAAGAACACAGUGAAAAAGAUGGCGACAAUGUGGAUACGUUGGAAACAAUUUGCCGGUGUAGGCGAAAGGUCGACAUUCCAAAAGAGAGCCAGUUAGAACAAUACGCAGUGUUGUAUAUAGGCAAAGAAAGCUUGACAUUGACCAAUUUGUUAAUGAAUUUCAAUCGAUGUCAAUUUUAUACUUAUGAUCCCGAGGACAGAACUGUUCGAAAAGAGACUGUGAAUGUUAAUAAGGCGUUAAUGAAAAGAUAUUACAUGAUAGAGCGAGCAAAAGAUGCGAGAAUUGUGGGUAUAGUUGUUGGAACUUUAGGUGUGACGGAUUAUCUCCAGGCCUUGAAUCGAAUGAAGGAACUUUUAAAGAAGGCAGGAAAGAAGACUUACACGUUUGUUGUUGGCAAACUGAAUGUGGCCAAAUUGGCCAAUUUCAUGGAGGUUGAUGUAUUUGUAUUACUCGCAUGUACAGAGAGUACUCUAAUUGAUUCGUCGGAGUUUUACAAACCAGUUGUGACACCGAUGGAAAUGGAGGUGGCCUGUAAUACAAAUAGAGAAUGGACUGGGGAAUAUUACACGGACUUUAGGCAACUUCUUCCAGGUGGCUCUGAUCAUGUGGAAAUUCCUGCAGAAAUUUCUCAAGAAGACCGAUAUGAUGUUUCCUUGAUUACUGGAAAUCUGCGUCAUCUUGGUGAAGCAGAAAAUGAAGAGAAUACUUCAUCAGCAGUGUUGCCAAGAGAGGAAGCUUUACAUGUAGCUGUUUCCAACACAGCAGCUGAUUUUCUUUCUGGGAGACAGUGGAAAGGGCUGGAGAGGAAGCUAGGUGAGACCCCUGUCAGCAAGGCUGUGAUCGGCCAGAGUGGCAUAGCAGCAAGUUAUGAAAAUGAAACGCCACAUUACUCAUCAUAACAACACCCUAUACAAUAAAACUGGUGCUAGUCGAUUUGUUUUUGUUCUUUGUGUGCAAAAAUAUAUUGGUUUCAAUGAAAUCAGAUACGUGAAGUGACUUUGAUAAAUGGAAGAAUGUAGUUACUGGGUUCGCUCUCGUAGAACUGUGCGACCAUCAAUGUACAUAUCAUUCCAAUGAUAUUGAAUGGUGCAGAUUAAAUGAAUGCGUAAGUUCGACAUUUUCUGUAGUGUUGCUAAUAUGUUUGCCAAACCAAGUGCUGAAAUGGAGUUGAAAUUAUGUAUGAAAUGACAGUGCAUCUGUGCUGUCACAGUAUAUUUGUAUAUUCUGUCCCUCUGUGUACCACUUUACUGGUAAUAAAUUCCUACUUGUGUCAUUUAAAUCUAUUAUGGACGAAUACGCUUAUUGUUGUUAUUAUUAUUACAGUAUUUUGCAAUACUAAUAAAUUUGUACUGGUAUUUAAAAAAUUUAUUUUAAUGAUCAGUUGAACAUAGAAACAGUGAAAUGAAUAAAUACAAAGAUCAUUUAAUUUGGUAAAGUUCUCUUAACUGCUGUGAUAUGUGAUAUUUUAUGUUAUUGCAGACCUUAAAAUGAAGGGUAUGUGUGUAUGUUUGCCUGGGUUUUUUUUGGUUCAGUGAUAUAAUGAUCAGGAGUCAUUUGGUGCAGAGGAUAGCAGGGCAAUUCCAUACAGCCAAAGUGCUGCCACUGCUGGAGUAUCAUGCCAAAGACAUCAGACAUGACACCCUAUCCAGUCACAUUAUACUGACACUGGGCCUACCAGUUUUGUUUCCUUGCUCU